UUUUACAACAACAGUUAAAAUAGAUACCAACGAUUCUUUAAAAUUAACGCAAGACAAAGAACAAAAUGAGAAUCCAAUAAAGUUGAAUGAAUACGAAUAUUACAAAUAUAAUGUAGUUACAGAAGGAAAGUACGAUUUACAAAAUAACGAUGGAGUUAAAAUUAAACAUCUAAGUUACAAUUACACUUAUGGUAAUAAAACCAUUCAACUUUUAAAGAAGACAUCGCAAAACUUAACUGGUACAAACUUAUGUUCAAGUACUAAUGAAUUGAACUUAUCGAUAUGGCGCGAUGUGAAAGAUAAACAAAAAUUUAAAACCAUAAAUAUAACAGAUAUCAAAUAUUUAACAACUUCAGAAAACAUCAACAACACACUGGAUUAUAAUCAAAUGCAUUUGCAGAAAGAUAACAAUAAAAUUACUUUUGAUGAUUUCGGUCUCGUCAAAGAGAAAGGAACGAAAGAAUCAAGUGAAAAUGAAGACUUAACUCUAAUAAAUAACAUGCUUAAUAGUAAAGGAAUAUUACAACAUGUGUUCAAAAAACCAAGAAAUGUAUCGAAAAAUAAAAAUAUCGGAUCAAAUUUUGAUUUCAUCGGAAAUCUAAGAAGUCUAUUUAAUAACAUCUUUUUUAAAAGCAAGAACGGCUUUUAUAUAGCAAAUGAUAAAUUAAAAUUAUUUGAUAAACACAAUUUAGUUGAAACUUUUUGUGUGAAAAACGUAACUUGCAAAAUUUAUCCUCGCGACGAGAUUAAAUUGCAAAUCAAAAUAAAUGAAUUAAAUGGUGAAAUGUACAAGGUUAUGGAAACUAUUAAAAUAAUCAAGAAACUUUUGCAACAAAUGAUUAAUAAUAAAAUAGAAGCUGUCGAUUUAAAUUUAAGCAGUAAACUUAACAUAAGCAGUAAUUAUAACAAAAACGGCACACACAAUAAAAUAGAGAAUAGACAUCUUCAACUUUAUUACAUCAAGGAUAGCAUUAAAACUUUUAUUAAAUCAAUCGGAAAGUUCUCAUAUAUUCUUCAAGAUAUAAUUUAUAUUUUGACUGAUAAGAAAAACGUGACAAACAAACAAAGAUUACCACAACGACCUUUGCGCUGCACAAAAGCAAACGAAAUAGGUAAAUUUAAUUCCAAAACAGCAAUCGCCGAACAGCGGUUUAAGAAGAUUAAAAAAGUUUUAGUCAAUUAUAAUGUAUUACAAAAUACGUUUAUAAAAAAAGUUUACGACAUGUUAACAAAAUUAGAAUCCAAUUUAACGCAUACUGAAAAGAAGAAGAAAUCGAAAAAACCAGAAAGAUUUGACGAUAACGACUUCACUACGAGCCUCGCUAUCGAUACAUUUACAAAGAACAUUAUUAAUAAUCUGAGAAAACUGAAAAAUUUAGCAAAAAAAUUAAGUUCUGCAACAACGAAUAGAAGAAAGAGGAGUGCAGUUGGUGAUGAUGAUGCAAUCGAGUAUUUACUAACAAUUAUGGAAUAUUUACUCAAGCAGAACUACCCCUUGGAUACUGCCCCUGUAAAUGAUGGAAUUGAUCUAUUAAUAGAUGCAAUUAAACAUGCUCCUGACAUAAAACCAAUUAAGAAAAAAGUUCUCGAUGGUUCCACAACAAGAACAUAUCCAUGGCCAACGGAAAAAGCAACCGCUGAGACAUUCUCGUAUGUAGAUAAUAUAUACGGAUUGGACAGCUUGGAUAAAGAAAAUAACGAAACAUCUGGUUCUGAUGACAAUCAAAUCACAUUUCCAAAGUCGACAGAUGAUGGGAACGAUAAAAUAGAAGAUUUCCAGAAACUACUACAUGCUUCUAAGAAGAUAAGUAACAGCUUUAGAUUAUCAAACUUUAAUAAUAUUCUUAAGAAUGCAAAACUAAAAUCGAUGUCGACAACCUCACCUGCUAUUGUUACUACGACUCCUAUGAUUCAAUACGAUUUCCUCAAAGACAAUGUUGCGGAAUCCGAUACAGAAACAUCCGUAAAAAUUGGACCUGGAAUUGCAAACUAUGAUCGAAAUGAGGUAGAGAGUUUCAAAUCAUUUAACAUCGAUAAUAAACAUGAUAAUGAAGAACUUUCACCGAACAUAAUUAAAUUAGGAGUAGACAGUGACGUGGAUAUACAACCAACGCUUCCGUCGCGAACAAAAGCAACCUUGAGAACGACUCGAAAAUUCCAUCAUAUGGUACGUGAAAAGUUUAACAAUCCUAAGAUUAUAGCUUUCGAUGGAAAGCAGACAAAAAAAUCUAAAUUCGGCUGGGUCGAUUAUGAUCUCGGUGACAGCAGUGGAAAAAAAACUGAAAGGAAAAUAAUUACUAAAUCUACUGAACGUUCUCCUUCAAGAGUCGGUGCUAAAAAUCGAGCUCUGACAGCUGAUAAAAAUGACGUCAGUUCAAUAUCAAAAGAAAUAAUGGAUGAAGAAAAAAGGAAACAGUUUUAUAAGUUGCUUCCCAACUCUGAUGUUAGAAAAUUCACUUCACAUAAUAUGUUGGAUGACGUGACGAUAAAGUUCGAAGUAGAUUCAGAUUCAAAGGACACAGAAGUUGAAGAUACGUAUGUGAACGACGUAUUCCCUUCGUACCUAACAUAGCUCUUUGACGAUGCCUUUCGAUGGAACAAUAUUAAAAAAGCUAGCUCUGUUGUGUUAAUUGUUAUAACAACAAACUUAUAUGCAUUAUAUUCAUAUUUAUUAAAAGAGAAUUUUACAAGGUACUAAUUUUUAUUUAUAAACCAAAGCAAGUUGA